AUGCCACCCUCCAACCUCAAAACCGAUUAUGCACAGAAUCACGUGUCACUAGUUUCUGAGUCUCAGUCUGACACAGGGGCACCUGGUUGGAGAGCUAAUCUGCGCAUCAUUGGAAUUUUAGCAGCAUCCCCUGACCUCUACCCACUAAAUGACAAUAGCACACAUACACCCUUCCAGUUACGACAACCAAAAAUGUCUCCAGACAUUGACAAAUGUUCCUGGGAGGCAAAAUUCCCCCUGGGUUGGGAACCAAUGGAGAAGAGAAUCGCUGGCCUGUUUUUGGGAAGCAGAUUCUGCUUUGUUCGGAGGAAGGAGCAAGAGCAUAAGGCCUACAUGGGUGCAGACUUUUCAAAUGCAGUAUUGUUAGAGAUACAAAAAGAACUAUUAGACUACAAAGGAAUUGGGAUUAGUGUUCUUGAAAUGAGCCACAGGUCGUCAGAUUUUGCCAAGAUUAUUAACAACACGGAGAAUCUUGUGCGGGAAUUGUUAGCCGUUCCAGACAACUACAAGGUGAUUUUUGUGCAAGGAGGUGGGUCUGGCCAGUUCAGUGCUGUCCCCUUAAACCUGAUUGGCCUGAAAGCAGGAAGGUGUGCCGACUAUGUGGUGACAGGAUCUUGGUCCGCCAAGGCUGCAGAAGAAGCCAAGAAGCUUGGGACUGUCAAUAUCGUCCACUCCAAACUUGGGAGUUACACAAAAAUUCCAGAUCCCAGCACCUGGAACCUCAGCCCAGACGCCUCCUAUGUGUAUUACUGCGCCAAUGAGACUGUGCACGGAGUGGAGUUUGACUUUAUCCCUGACGUCAAGGGAGCAGUGCUGGUUUGUGACAUGUCCUCCAACUUCCUAUCCAAGCCAGUGGACGUUUCCAAGUUUGGUGUGAUUUUUGCCGGUGCACAGAAGAACGUGGGCUCUGCUGGGGUCACGGUAGUGAUCAUCCGCGACGAUCUGCUGGGGUUCGCGCUGCGAGAGUGCCCCUCCAUCCUGGAAUACAAAGUGCAGGCUGGAAACAGCUCGUUGUACAACACGCCCCCGUGCUUCAGGUGAACUCUGGGGCGUGGCUUGGGGACUCAGGAGGGGGUCUCACCGGUCCCGUCAAAGCGGAGGGAGGUAGCUUUUUAAAGUCGAGCCUGUUUUCGUGAACCACUGAUCUCCUAGCUCAGACAUCCCAUCAGGCUUCUCUGCCCCAGCUCGCCUCUCCCUGUUAACCUUCUGUGUACUGUUAGAUCCGUUUCUCUUGCUCUUUCUUUUUGGGGGUGGUUUUGUUUGAUCUCGGUAGCCUUAGUGGUUCACCGUUAACCCAAAAGCUCUCUGCAAAGGAAGUGGCAAGCUUGUGUCUCGGCCAACCUGUGGAGCUUUGGCAAAGGAUUUUGAAAGGCCAGGCCUCCCCAGGUUUCUUUUCCUGCCCUCCUGGGCCUGCCCAAAGCUGGCCGCAUGGCAGCAAACACGCUGGCUUGGAAAAAACACCAUUCUGGUUUUUCACCCAAUCUGCAGGUAAGCUUGGCUUCCCAUUAGCCAAGUCAGAAAAGGGUAUUGAAGCACAUUGAGGAAGAGCAAGGCGUCCCUGCCCCCAUGAUCUUUUAACAGCUGGCCUCAGUUAUUUUGUGAAAAUCUUGUGACACCUAGGAUUUAACCGUUGCCCGGGAAAUUGUAGUGCUUACUGGCUGUGUGACCUUGGGCAAGUCACUUAACCUCUGUGCAGCAAGUUCCUCCAGGAGUAAUAACAGUACCCUGUUGAUUGGGUUGCUGUGAGGUGAUACACAGAUGAAGCACACUUCUUAGUUGGUACUUGGUGAUUUAUAAAUGGUAGUUGCUAUUAUUAAUUAUUAUUAUUGUUUUUUGCUUGGUGUUAGUUCCCAGAGCCUUAGCAGCAGAGGGAAGAGCCAGAGUUGAUGGAUUUAUCUUUCAGGGCAGGUAUGGUGUAGAAUGGUGAUGCUGCUGUGUAUGACCCUUUAAUCCUCCCAAGCACGCUAGGGGGUAGAUGCUCUUAAUUUCCAUUUUGCAUGUGAAGAAGCAGAGGCCAUACUUCUCGGAUGUGGCACAGCUGGGAUUUGAACCCGGGUAGCCUGGCUUCAGAGCCUGGCGCGUACACCCUGUACCUUCCUGCUCACCACAAGGGCAAUUAUCUGUGUGCAUUUAUUUGUGUCUGAAGGAUUCCAUCUUAGGAGAAUAGAUCACCGUGAGAGUCUAGUUCUUCCAUUCAUGGAUUGUUCUGUGGCCGGUGGAAGGGUGGGCUUGGCCUGGGGCAA